UAUUGUUGACAUAACUUCUCAUGCGGAAGAAAACUGUCACACGCGUCACAUACAUGCGUUAUAUUUUCUCGAAGUUUUAAUCGAUAAAAAAGUAUCUCGAUUUGAAUUCAACAAUGUCUUCAGUUCAAAGUAUGAGACGGUUUGUCUGUGACCGGCUCACUGCGGCUGCUCAGGAAAUACUGGGAGCUUACGAGAAGAAGAUAGAAGGUUACGAGGCAGAGAUCGCUCGUCAAUGCCGACUGCUGGAUGCCGAGUUGACACCUGAGCUACAGUUACAGUUACACCGGACAGAGCUUCCACUGAGAAAUGACCAUAAGCAGGAGGAGGAGGAGUUUCUUGUGAUCCAGCCGCAGCACUUUGACCAGGCAACCAACUCUAGUCAGGUACCGCUGGAUCCUCCACCUAUUAAAGAGGAACAAGAAGAAACGUGCAUCAGUCAAGAAACAAAGCAGCUUGAACAACAAGAGAAUGAAGCCUCUAAGUCAACAUGUGAACAACCUUUCAACAGUGACCACUCCCAGCCUUCGGUCCCUCAUCAAACUGAAAGUGCAGCGAAUAAAGAUCCUCAAUCCAGCAUCUCAAACAAAGAUAUUUUACCUAGAUCUGACAAGGACACUUCUGCAGUAUCACCACCAACCACUGGCCACCAGCUCCCCUCUCACAACUCUAUUGAGAGCCAAGAUCACGUAACUUGUAACCAUGGAUAUACAAAACCAAGAACAUAUAUCGAGUCAUCACAAAAUGAGAUAACCAAAGACCAAAACCCAACAUCAGCCACAGGAACUCAGAAAACAUCAAAUAGGAAAUGUGAUGAUAAGAACACAGCAGCCACCAGCAGUACUGAACUGGCAACACAUGAGGAACAUAUCAAUGACAAACCAACAUCAAGUGGAAAUAAUGAGCCAAUGCCAAAAAAGAGUCCAGAUACUGGAAAAGCAACAUCAGCUACAAGUACUGCGUCAACUCUACAGAGGAAAGGUAAUAAUGAAAGCACAGCCUCAAAUGAGAAGCCACCAACAAACAACAAAAGUGAAGAUGGGACACCAACCUCAUCAGGAAAUGUUGAUCCAACACUAAACAAGAAAUGCAGCAAUGGCGCCCAUUCACUUGACUAGACAGACAGCUAACAAUAGAACGAUGGAAUGACUUUCUGAGGCAGAAGUGGGUUUUGAACAUUUACUCCAUCCUUUAAGUUUACAGAAUUCUUCCUUUUCUCCUUCGUAAACUAAAUAAACAAACAGAAAUGUACAUAAACGUGUGUUUGCUUCAUCCUUCUACAUACAUACACAGUGUAGCAUAGAAAUCACGUGAGGAAAAUAACAUACUAGUUAGCUUGCUCGCUCUACAUGACUUGCAGAAGUUCUUCAGACAUUCUAUCUACACAAAAACGAUUUAUUGCCAUUAAUUUGACUACAAAUUAACUUAAGAUGCAUAAAAGCAUAAAUUGGUCCUUCAUACACAAAAUCAUAAACAUUGACUUACAAGCAAAGCCUUAACAAGGGCAAGAACGUCCUUCAAGGAUGAGCAUCUCUUCACCUUGGCAUGUUCUGACUCAACUGAAGUAAUGAACUUCCUACUCUAGCUAGAUUUGACAUCACAGGAAGUUACAUCAGCUGAAGGUAAGUAUCAAAAUAAAAGGCAGGAUUAAUAAUGAGUGUUUCCUCACUAGAAAGACACUAGGUGGCGCUAAAACCCCAAACAAUUCCAAUGCCAUGACACAUUUCAUGUGUAUAAAAUCAUCAAAUAAGUUUUAUUGGUUCCUUUUUAGACUCUUUAGAUUAAAACAUGUAAAUGUAAAAUGCAUAAAUGUAAAAUACCACAGGCUAUGAAUGUAAAACACCACAGGCUAUGAAAACUACUGCUACUACUAUGAAAUCUGAAGAAACUCGAUUGCUCCUCAAACAGAAGUUCAAACAAGCGGCAUAACUCAUACGAAAAUACAGAGCACAGGGGCAACUACGCUAUAUAAUUCAUAACACAGACAUAAAGAAACUAUGAUUCUUAAACAACAUUUAGCAAUCACUAUCCGCCUCAGAAUCACAGUUCUGACAAACAAACUGGCAGACCAGGUGUGCAGUCUUUGUGGGCCCACCCCUUGCAUAUGAUGCACUGCAGCUAUGUCUCCUUGGACCGACUAUUUGACCUCUUCAUCUGAGGAAGCCUCAUUUUCCUCCUGUUUCCUUCUCUUUUUGGAGGACUUUUUCUUUUCCGCUUGGGGAAAAAGGGACUUCUUCAGUCUCUUCUUAGUGGCCUUCUUUUCCGCUUCAAUACCUUCCUUGACAGGAGUGUCGGUAAGGAUGCAACUUUUCUUUGUCUUCCUCUUCCUGGACUGCUUCCGGGGAGGGGCCUUUGGAAAUGGUCUCAGCUCUUCAGGGCUGAAACCAGUGUGUGCUGUGCUUUUAAGUACUCGGCAAGCUGUACUGGGAGUGACAGGGGAUUGGGAGUGUCGUCUGUUUGAUAUAACUCCUCUGCAGCUGGCUCCUCUGCAGCCAGACUAGGAUUCGGGCUGGAGUCAAGAGUUCGGUCAGUGAUGGAGGAUGGAGCAAAUGUUCUUUCUGUAAACUUUUCCCUGUCGUAGGAUAGGCGACAGCCACAAUCUUUGGGAUAUCGUAGAUAGUCAUAGUUUUCCCAGGAUUAUAUAACAUCCAGGCAGCGAGGCUUUGUUGACAUAAUUCUUGAGGGGGCCGUAAACAGACAAAUCAAGGGGCUGCAUGCGAGGGGAGCAGUGGGGGUGGAAUUACAGCAUCACAAUGCCAUUGGCCUUGGCAAAAUUCAGUCCUUCAACCGACAGAUGAGAACUGUGAUUUUCCAGUAGUAGGAGGUAUGGCCUCUCCUUGGUGCAUCGUAUGUGGGAGACAAAAUGCUUUAGGAAUUCCAAAAAAUGACCCUCCUUCAUCCAUCCGGAUGGAUUUGCAGAACCAAUGCUCCCUGUGGGGGCACCACUCAAAAUAUGGUCAUGGAAAUGGACCCAGGGGAAAAUAAAGAAGGGAGGAAUAAAAGUCCCUACUGCAGAGACGGCACAGGAGAGGGUGACCAAGGUUCCUCUUACUCGAGAGUCAGGGACCCAACCUGCUUGUAACCUCUCCUUUCUACCACUUUAUUUGGCUUGUGGACUGUAGUAAUGCCUGUUUCGUCCAUAUUCCAAAUAGACUGGGGCUCGAAGUGGUGGCGUCUCAUUACCUCCAAGUUGUCAAAGAACAUGCCUACAUUGUGCCUGUUAAAGGCACUGGUAUGUCCUAAGCUGGUGGCCUCUGGGGUUCUAAUGGACAGAGAGAGGUGCCUUUUUACGAAUGCACAGAACCAGUCUGCGCCGGCCAUCUGCUUUUCAGCCCAACUGGAUUGCAUGGGUACAUUGUUGGCCACUGCAAAAGUGUAAGCCAAUUUAUUAACUUCACUAGGCGCCAGGCCAAGAUAUAUGUCGGAAGCAGUCAGGAUAUAGUUUUCCAACUGAUGUUCCUGUUCCUCUGUGAAAACUAUCCUGUUCUUCACGUAUCCUACUGGCAGGGAUGGCUGGACACAAUCUCCCUCAAUCUUUUCUGGGCUCAUUUCUUGCAAUAUCUUGCCAGUGUACGAUAAUUUAUGUUGUGCCUCUCAGCUGUCCCUCUUAUGGAUUUGCUCUCCAGCCUGACCACCCUGACUGCCCUAAGCAUCACAUCGGGCGGUGUCUGGCCAUGAACUGUCUUCCUGACAUAAUUUCUACCCAUUCUCCUAUCUAAAAAGAAUAAGAAAUCUAGCGUUAUAAUAGCGUGCAUGUAAAUAUCAACAGUGGGGUUGGUUGUCACGAAAAUAAUUGACAACUAGGGCUGUCACUUUACGUUCGAGAAUCGAUUGUACAAUCCUGCGUGUUGGCAAAGUGAAAUAUUUUCAACCUAUUUUUAUGUUGGCUAGUCCUCAAGUGAAUUUUAAGUUUUAUUUUCAAACUAUUUAACAAUCGCCUGCCUAUGCGAAAUGUGUUUCAUAUUUAUAAUGGUAAACACAGCCAGAAGCCUGCAGUAAUGUUUUUCGUCAUUGAUGUUAUGGCAGUCCAUACUGCUUAUUGUUUUUCGAGAAUGCUCCUGUGUGUUAUACACGAACAUCACACAAUAAAUAAUCAGAAAUGCUGACCUGUACGUCUCUUGCGCCCUCUUUACGUUAGUCCUAAUGGCAGUGUGUUGGCCUUUAUUUUGAAAAUUGAAACGUAGACGUGGAUAAUCGAUUCUACAAUCGAUUCAAUGAAAAUUUAAGCGUAAAAAAUCGAUUGUGAUUUUCAAAAAGUGACAGCCCUAGUGACAACCUACCCCAACUGACAUGCAACUGACACGCAACUGUGAGCAUACAUAGUGCUCACAUGUAUUAGCCUAGCUAAGAAAAAACCUAACUAAAUUGUAGCUCUCUAUACUUUAAAUUGUAAUAAUUAUUUUACUGUCAACCCAUAAUGUAAUGAGUUAGAGGAAAAACAUGAGAUACCUCAAAAUUUACUUUUGCAUAAUGAAAAACAAAUAAGUUGUCUCACCUCAAGGUUAUGCUGCUUUCACCUCCACUGUGAACGUAGACAACCUCUGACACUAAUGAUGAACAUUUCUGUGUCAACGGUUUUGAUCAGCGCCCUCUAGUGGCUGAGACAUGAUGACUGUGACAACCUACCCGUGUGACAACCAUCCCCACUCUCCCCUACUAUAUUUUAAUGAUAAUAUUAUGAUAUUAGUUAGAUAGCAUGCACCUUAGCGGAUCAGCAAGGACAACACAGCAGCAUCGCAUCAAUGUGAGAGUCUAGGCUAGAGAUAUCCAACUAAACUAAGGAAAGGAAUCCAGAUAUUACACAAAGUGUUAAGAGAGUGAAAUGUUCCUUUACGAAUUUCAACACUUAAUACUGUCACCUUGAUUCCAAUUUCAGAUAUCUCUAUUUGCCUAACUGAAUUAGUUUGAAGAGAGAAAACAUUUUGACUAAAAUGUAAUGAUUUUUCAUCAACUAAAACUGGACUUAAAACGUUUUGAGUUGUCGUCGACUAAAACUAUGAAGGACUAAAAGGACCAAAAUGUGACUAAAAGUAAUAAAUAUUUUCGUCUAAACACUAGACUAAAUCUAAAAUAGCUGCCAAAAUUAACACUGGAGCACAAAUUACCAUGACAUAGUUAUUGUUCAGGAACGUCUAGAAGCCCUUCUUAUCUGGAAAGUAGGUUCCCUGGCGUACAUUCUUUUCUAUGGACGACAGCUCUAGUUAGAUUCAGGGUCCAUAUUUGUCUGGUCUCGCUGAUAUGGAUUGUUCAUUCUGAACUGGUUAAAACCUCAGACUGCAGUAGAGUUCUUCAGAAUUGGUCGGGCGACCGCUAUGUCAUCUCGUGGCUGCAGCAAAUUAACCUUCAGUGUUUGCCAUCAAAGUUCCAGCUCUCCCAGUGUCUCUCUGAGUUUCGUCUCCAUUGCUUCAGAAGUUUCCAUCACAGACACGAGUAUGUACACACAAGUGAUGCACAAAGCUACUCUGCCUAAAAACCUCUCUGAAUUUGAUACACUGCCCUCAUGAUAAAUGUAAAGAAUUGCAGACAGCGUUCAAAGUGGAAUUGCAGCUGUUAUUUCAGUUCAAACAGUAAUUGAACUGUUUUUCGAGACAUUACCACACUCAAUGUUGACUAAAAAAAAUGACACAGUAGAGCCAGAGAUAUCAUCAUUUUAAAUCCAUACAGGCAUCAAAAUCUGGCUGUCACAUUUCCCACAAUGCAUCACAGCUUCAAACAGCUUGUUCAACAAAAUUAGUAUGCUAGUAGCGGCUAAUAAUGUAGCCUUGAGUUGUAGCCUCAGUCAGUGAUGAGGAACAGGCUACAGAUGUAUUGCUAUUUUAGUCCCCCGUUCUUCUACCAUAACUGCCAUUUCUGUUUUCUAUUCUUUUAUUUGCCCUAGUUUUUUGUUUGUUUAUUUUUUUUCUGUCUGUCCUCACAAAAUGGAAAGCGGCCUUUGGUACCUAGAAAGGCGCUAUCUAAAUUCAAAUUAUUAUUAUUAUUAUUAUGAUUAUGAUAUUUUAUUGUUGUCUUCAAUCAAUUCUGAAAAAGAUUAUCAGACUUCAUGCAACUCUUUGGAUUCUUUCAUCCCGUUAUUCUUAUACUGUAGACUCUAUACUUUAUACUCUAAAAACUACUUUUUGCAUACAGUAAUAUUCCAAAGACAUGUUCACAGACAUCUCAAUCUGUCAUUUUAAAUAUUCCUUUUUUAUUCAUGGCUAAUGAAAACCUCUUUUUUUUGUCUGCACAAACUGAAUUAAGUGUGGUAGCCAAUUGGUGCUGGGGGUUGAUGAUGGGGCAGCUUUUGUUGGUGUCUUCCGGUUCAGGUUCUGCUGCUACUUUACCGACAUGUAUGCAUAGAAGAUUUAUAGUGUUUUUAUAACAAAUUGUUGACUCCUUAUGUUUGUUUGGCAAUCAAAGUUCUUGGUCAGAUGCAUUGUGUUACAUGAACAAAUGAUCCAGUUUUUUGGCUUGACAAUCCUUAGUUUUUUUGUUCAUUGUUUUAAUCAUAGUUUGUAUUAUUCACUGUAUUGUCAAAUUAAGAAAAUAAAUACUGUCUGUUUGUUUUCUAAAUGCAUCAAUACUUUGAGUUUAAUCUAAUGACCUCUAAAAAUGCAACAAAAUCCUAUAAUCCACAUAAUCAGCACAAUGUUUCUGUAAAAUAUCUUAUUUUAAAUAAAUUGUAUUGCACUGUU